AUGAAUACCAUAUCAUUCCGUUCUUUCAGGACAACUACUGACAAGCGGCUUUAGAUAAAUUCGUUAUAUAUCAGUUGGCGACAGAAAAGAAAUAUGGGGUCACUUUUAAGCUCAUGUACGACUUCGACAAGAGACACAGAUUAUGCUUACGAGGAUGGCAAAAUCCGGCGAAAGUUGGUGAUCGUCGGCGACGGCGAGUGUGGCAAAACAUGCCUCCUGAUCGUGUUCAGCCGGGACGAGUUCCCCGCCGGUUACGUCCCCACCGUCUUCGAGACGUAUGUUGCCGAUAUCGCAUUCGAGGGAAAGCAGAUGGAGCUAGCUCUCUGGGAUACCGCCGGCCAAGAGGACUUCGACAGACUGCGCCCCCUGUCGUACCCUGACACAGACGUCCUGAUAAUAUGUUACAGUAUCGCCAACCCCGAUAGUCUGGAGAACGUUUGGGAGAAUUGGAUCAAGGAGGUGAAACAUUUCUGUCCCGAUGUCCCAGUUGUUUUGGUGGGGACGAAAAAGGACUUGCGAAACGACCCUGACACUAUUCAUGACCUCGCAAAAUGGAAGAAGAAAGUUGUUACGACAGAAGAGGGCGAGGAAAUGGCGGCCAAGAUCGGUGCCAAAGCAUUCAUGGAGGUAUCCGCCUUGAAAAGGGAUAACGUGCGGGAAUCAUUUGAGAUGGCUGCGAGUUUGGCGUACAAAAAGAAACGCCGACGCCAAGGCAAGGGCGUAUUUAAAAAGCACUGAAGGAAUUACCCACGAUCUUGAGAACUUUUAAAACAGUUACUCGAGGAUAGAAAUUCUCUUGUAGAUAUUUUGGUAAUUGUACAGGAAACCGGCCGAGUUCGCCCCUUGCUGUGAUGGCAAUGUGAUCGAAAGCAAAGUGAAGAGGAGCGCAAGGAGCGAUGGACAGUUCAUUUGCUCUGAAGGAAAUAGUUCUUUUUUCCUUCAUUUCGGAUUAUUUUGGACUGAUACCUGCCUAUUUGCAGGAGCUGUUUGCUGGGGCUAUCCCGUUCUCGGUGUUUUUCUUUGUGAGUGGAAGGGAUGGAAGGGGAAGAGUAAGAGGGAGCCUACGCUGCAAAUUACAACACACCAGCAUCCUUUGCUUUAUGCACGCCACCUUAGCUGCAAACUAUGCAAAAAAAUCAAAACUGUAUGUUUUUUAAAAUUACUACAUGUAUAUAGACAUUGUACAUGUCCAAUACUGCCACUAAAUUACCUUUUUUUAGAACAGACUGUAUAUAUAGUUUUGAUGUUACCAUAGAGGAUUCAUUUGUAAUAUUGGCUACUUUGUAUAUUUAUGUUAAAUAUUAUUCAGAGAUAAAGUAACUUAUUUAUUGA